UAAGGUCCUUUGUAUAUCAUUCGACUCCCAAUUUCGAAACUACACAUUCGAUACUCUUCGUUUCUUUCCAGUAUCCAUGGCUAAAUCUACUAGCAGUAGCAGAAGAAAGCGCCAUAGAGAAGAAGAGGAAGAGAAAUACGACGACGCUUCAUCAUCAUCACCUCAAUCCUCUUCUUCCGAAGAGGAUGAUGAUAAUAAGCGAAGCCACAAACGCCGCCGUGGCGACGAUAGGGGUCCUAGGAAAUCCUCUUCGAGGAAAGACAGAAAAUCAUCCAGUAGGAGGAAAAGAAAGGAAAAGGAACGGAGAAGUAAGCACAAAUCGAAGAAGUAUGAGAGGAGAAAGAAGCAUAAAUAUUAUUCGGAUGAGUCCGAAGUGGCAGAGUCUUUGCCUAGGUCAGAUGGGGAUGAUGAUGAUUCUGGAUUGGAGAAUCCGGAUGGCGUUGUCAAAUGUAUUUUGAAGGAAUUUCCUGCUGUCUCCAGAGAUUUGGAACAGCUUCUACACAUGAUAGAUGAUGGUCAAGCAGUUGAUAUAAGGGGAUUGUCAGAAAAAACAUUGGUGAAGCACCUGAGAAGGCUAUUUCUAUGUCUGAACCUUAAAGAAACUGGUGAUAAUAUCUUUCUACUGAAAUCAGAGGGCCAUCCUACAUUGGAGGUUCUUAGACCUGUCAUUCAUGGCUACGGACAGUCUUCAAAGCAGCAGCUUGAUCAUUGUACAUUGGAGAACGAAUUGCUCUCGGUAUCACCAGAUGGCAGAAAUGGACCAGAUGCCAACAUGACUAAAUCAUCUGAAGAUGCCAUUGGUCCUAGACGAAGGGUAAUUGGCCCUGAAAUGCCAUCUGCUGAACUACUUGCAGCUGCAGCCAAAUUAACUGAAGCAGAAGCUGAGUUGAGAGAGGCUGAGUUAGUGGACGAUUCUGAAUUGUUUAUAGGGCCUCCUCCCCCCGCUUUUGUUUCUGAAGUUGAAUCAUCAAAUGAAGCAGAACGAUUUGAAGAGAUUACAAGAAUUAUGGGAGUUGAGGUGGAUAGUCCAUAUGAUAUUCUGGGAGUGAACAAGAAUAUGUCAGCCGAAAACAUGAAGAAAAGGUACUGGAAAUUGUCCCUCAUGGUACAUCCGGACAAAUGCUCUCAUCCACAGGCCCACCAAGCAUUUGUGAAGUUGAACAAGGCUUUUAAAGACUUGCAGGAUCCAGAUAAACGAAAAGCAUUGGAUGAGAAAAUAAAGCUCAAAGAGGAACAAGAGGAAUUCAAGGCGGAAUUGAAAGCAAUGAAAGAAGCUGCACACUGGAGACGUUUGCAAGGUAUAUCAAUGGAGGGUGAUGAUAUACUUUUAGCUGACAUGGAGGCUAAGGUGGAACCUAAAAGAGAUGAAUGGAUGACAACCCUACCUCCUGAAAGAAAACCUGGGAUGACCAUGCAAUCAACAAAAUUCAGCAGAAGCUCCAAGGAGGGGCGUGGGGAUACUAGUGUCUGGACUGACACACCAUCAGACCAAGCCCAGAAAGCAAAAAUGAAUUAUUUAGAAGCCUAUAAUGAGGCUUCAGCACUUGCUUCAAAUGAGCAAGAAAGAAAACGUUCCAAUUCAGAUGCACAUUUGGUAGAUGAAUACAACAAAUCAAAGAGGUCAAAGUCACUAGUAGACAAGCACCAAGAGCUAGCUCAAAAUCGAUCAAAGAAAAAAUCCAAGCAGGAACCAGUUAAAGAAGAAUGGGAGGGAAAGCAUCCAUGGAGACCAUGGGAUCGUGAGAAGGAUUUGACAGCGGGACGGCAAAGUGUGAAAUUGGAUGCUGAAAACAUGGCUCAGGGUUUGUCUUCUAGGUUUUCCUCGGGAUCAUUUCAAAGAAACUUCCUGUAGAGCAUUGAAUCAAGAAUCUAAUUUAAGCUGCCAGAGGUCCUGUAUCAGAUUGACGUAAUAUAUCUUUAAAGAUGUGGUUUUUGCGGUCAGUUCCUGUCUUCCUAUCUUCUGUUUAUUUGCUUGUUGUGUCUAAUUUCAAACCAUGGUCAAGAGGUAGUAGUCUCUAGUGAUGUCCAAUAGCUUAGCUGCAUUUUUUUUCCUGCUUCUUUACAUCCAAAUGAACUUAUUCUUUUUUAAUUUUAGGCCAUCAAACAUUCAAUAUUCUUUUAUUUGCUUGAGAUUUGGAAAUUUUGGGAGUUUCUGUGCUUUUUGGUUGAAGUUUCCAAUAAAAUAUGAGAAGAUACUAGUAUGCAUCAUCAUCCAUGGAGGGCUUUCUGUCCGAAUAGGAUUCUCCCAUUAUCUCGGCAACUGGUGGAGACUUUCUUUUUCGACAUAUUAAUGACGGAGAUUUAAGUGGGAUAUUUUAACAAAACCAGCAGUGAAGAGCAAUGCUGUCUCUGGGUUGAUGGAAUGUUGCUAAGACUUUUCAAAAUAAACUGGGACUCAAUGGUAUUGAGAGCAAGGAAUGCCCUAAACGCGGAGAAUAGCGAGUUAUGCAAGGCUUUGUCCCCUCAGUCAUAUCCUUAGCAUAGAAUUGUUGGCUUGGAUAAAGUGGAGUAUAUUCGGUCCCGUGAGUUCCUUGUCAUUUUGUCCAGCAAAGUUGCGGUUUAUAACAGAUGGAAUUACUACCAUCCUGUUAACUGUUUAGAGUUUUCAAGGGUAGCUUGAUCAUAAUAUUUUUUUUCUGAUGGAAUUAUUGCUAGGUACACAUA